AUGCCACCUCGCCAUGCCUAUCCGAUCGGUCGCGUGAAGGACGCGCGGCCGCUUUUGUGUCAGCGGCUCGUCCUGCGCCCCUCGAGCUUCGCGGCAGAGCCGCUCGUGAUUCGCUCGUUCGUCGCCCCACGACGUCCUGGACCCCUCCACCCGACUGCCCGGGCCUGGAUGACGUCGGCGGACGAGGCCAGCUUGUACCAGCACCUGGGCGGGCCAUCAAGCCACAAGGCCGGGGUGGCGUCGGAUGCAGAUACCCAGAAACGCAUUCAUGACGUGUCGCAAGGCUCCAAGUACUAUGAAAACGAGCGGCGACGGCACGAGGCGGUGACGCGUCGCAUCGACCGCAUGCUCGAACGGCGCAGUGCGGCUCUCGAUCGGCUGGGCAGCGUAGAGCGAGCGCGUGCUGAGUCGCACGUGUCGCGCGUCGUGGCUGAACUAGAGGCGCAGCGCGACGUGUCGCGGAUCAUUCUACACUGCGAUAUGGACAUGUUUUACGCGGCCGUCGAGGUGCAGCGAUGCCCCGAGCUGCGUGGCAAGCGCUUCGCCGUGGGACACGGCGUGCUUCUUACUGCCAGCUACGAGGCACGCCAACGGGGCGUGCGCUCGGCGAUGGCCGAGUACGUCGCACGCGCCCUUUGCCCCGACCUCUUGGUCGUCGAGACCCACUUUGACGCGUACCGCCGACGCAGUGAACAGGUGAUGAGCGUGCUCCGCACCUACGAUCCGACACUGCACCAGCGCAGCUUGGAUGAGGCGUACCUCGAUGUGACGUCCUACUGUGCGACACAUGCCAUGGACCCACGCGACGUCGCUGCCCAGCUCCGCCUCGACGUGUACCAGGCCACCGAGGGCCUCACGGUGAGCGUGGGCAUCGCAUGCAAUCGACUGCUGGCCAAGAUCGCGAGCGACCAUGGCAAGCCGGACGGCGUGUGGUAUGUGCCGCCGACGCGCGACGACAUGAUCGCGUUCAUGCGGGGCCUCAGCGUACGCAAAGUACCUGGCAUCGGCCAGGUCACCGAGCGCAUGCUCUCUGCCAUCUCGAUCCACACCUGUGACGACAUUUGGGCGCGGCGUGUCGAGCUGAGCGUGUGCAUCGACUCGUACCGCAUGCUCCUCGCCGCAGCGCUCGGCAUCAGCGAUACUCACAUCGCACCACCCAGCCGCGAUGCACGCCGCUCGGUCGGCUGCGAGCGGACUUUGGCUCCCACGACCGAUCCAGCCACGCUCCACGCCCACCUCCGCACCACCUGCGAAAGCCUGUCGCGCGAUCUGGUGCAGCAGGCGUACCGAGCCCGCACCGUCACACUGGUGUGCAAGCGCGAUACCUUUGAGCGUUUCACGCGCGCACAAGCGUGCCGUGUCGCCGUGUACACAUCGGACGAUCUGUACGCGGUCGUGCAUGCUCUGCUCGAGCAGGAGCGCGCAGCCUCGCCCGUCCCGCUGUGCCUGCGUCUGGUCGGCGUGCGUGCCUCGUCGCUCAUCGAUAUGCACACGGCACGCGACGGACCCUUGGCGCAGUGGCUCAAGACGCCACACACAGCGAGCCGCGACCCCAUCGUGUGCCCCGUGUGCAGCAAGGACAUCCAGGUACGCGGCGUGCGCACCGCGAGCAUCAAUGCCCACAUCGACGCAUGCCUGUCGCGCGCCUCGCGCACUUAG